CAGGAAGUAAAGUCAGGGGAGGUGAGGGGGAGGACAGGCUGAGACUGGCAGGGAGGGGAGGGGCCCGGAGGUGGGGGGGGGACCUGUUCCAGUGAUUUAGACCUUCAGGAAAACAAGAGCAACACAACGAGCAGGAUGGCUGGAUCUGAUUGCCGGUCUUUCAGGGGACUGCUGAUGACCCCGUAUGACCUCUGAUCUCCCACCUCACCUUCAGACUCACCUGCCCAUCUGCCUGAGAGGAGCGAGGCCUGAGGAGUGCACCAUGGAAACCACCUCCUCGCUGCUCAGCAGAGGUCUGGGUCUGGUCCUGGUGGAGUUUCAGUACGAGUACCCGGGUCGUGAUGGCGCUAUGGUCUGCAUCAAACCCAACGAGCGUUACGUCCUGCUGUCCAAGACCAACGACCACUGGUGGCAGGUCCGCGGGGACCGGAGCUCCAAAUCUUUCUACAUCCCAGCCAAGUACGUCAAGGAGCUGCCGCUGGACCUACCGAUGGACCUGCCGCUAAGCUUCCCCCCGACCGGGCCUGAACAACAGCCGGUCCCUGUCCCAGUCCCGGUCCCAAUCCCGGUCCCAGUUCCUGUCCCAAAGCCUCUGGAGGAUCCCAGGAACCAGCCGGGAGACGAGGUGACGAUCCGGCUCCGGCCCGAGGCUUCGUCCCGUAAGACGGAGAACCGCAUGUCCACGUUUGGCGUCCCGUUAGACUUUCCGGAUCUGACACCGGCUCCGCGACCCACCCUUGCCCCUGCAGACCCAGUGACAACAAACAUGGCUGACGAGUCAGCGCGCCAAAAGCACUUCUUGCAAGAGCACAAGGACAAGACCCGGGUCCCCAGCUUCAGCCCGGCUGACCCACUGGCAGCACUGCGGACCCAGAACCUACCAAUCCCCGUGGACACGCCCACCGUACCCCCCCAACACCAGUUACAACACCCGGAGGAAGAGAAUGAGGAGGUGGAUGGGGAGGAGGAGGAAGAAGAGGAAGAGGAGGAGGAGGAAAAGGAAGAGGAAGAGGAAGAGGAAGAGGAAGAUGAAGUAAAGGUGGAAGUUAAUGACGAAGUGAAGGAGGAAAACUCGCACCACAUCUACGAGUCAAUUCAAGACCUGAACCUGGACCUGGAGGCUCUGGUGGGGGGGCGAGCAAGUCCUGCUCCUGACUCAGCCCCCCCCUCCGCACAGGACCCUGCCCCGGUCUAUGCAAACGUCUCUGCGCUGAAGAAGGUUUCUGGCCAUGUCCCUCCAGACCACACCCCCUUCUCUGCAGGCUCCUCCCCCUUAAGCCCCGCCACCCCCAGUAGCCCACAGGACGACUGGCAGGUGCACACCGACUCCAACAGCGGGAAGCAGUUUUACUUCCACCCCCCCACCAGACGCACCACCUGGUCCUCCCCACAUGGGCCCCCGCCCCCCCCCACAGGCCAAAGACAUGGACCAGCCCUGUUUAACAUCAGAAUCACUCCCUGUCAGCGUUCCUGGGAGCAACUGAUGGACGAAGCCUCGGGCAGAUACUACUACCAUAACCCAUCCUCAGGGACCACAACGUGGGCCCCCCCAGAGCCCCUCUCCCCCACCUCCCCAGCCAGCAGGAGGCAGGACAGCGUCCCGCCCCCGCUGCCAGCGGAGGAUUACCCUGUGGACACACAGCAUGACGACGUGUUCACCACGCAUCCUCAGCAGCAGGUUGUGAUCCCUAGGGCUCAGCUGGACCUGGGGGGGGUUGGCAGCUCUCGACUGCAGGAGCUGCCGCCUCUGCCGCAAAGGCUGAUGGGAAAUGGAGUUUCUGAGGAGAGACCGACCCUGCAGGUCAGGAACUGGAGACACAGCGUUGCCGAAGACACAUUUGCUCCGAGCCACAAGAGGAACGUCUCAGACUUCUCUGAGGUUUCAAGCAGAAGAAACUCCCCCGACAGUCCUCAGCUCUCUGACAGGAAUCUGAAGAGGAAUCUGUCCGACCGGAGCGCCGGUCCCCACCGGCCCCACUGCCAUCUGCUGGAGAAAGCAGGGAUCAUGAAUAAGACCAAAGUAGUCGAUAACGGCAAGAAGAUCAGGAAGAACUGGAGUCAGUCGUGGACCGUCCUCCAUGGGGGGAUCCUCACCUUCCACAGAGACCCAAAAUCUGCCCCCCCCGGCACUGCGAGCAAGACGUCUCAGAUCGUGCCUGAAUACACGGUGGAGCUGAGAGGAGCGUCAGUGGGCUGGGCGGCCAACAAGUCCUCCAAGAAGAACGUUCUGGAGCUGAAGACGCGUCAGGGCUGUGAGUAUCUGAUGCAGUACGACACCGAGAGCAUCAUCAGCGACUGGCUCAAAGUGAUGCAGGACACCAUCAGACAGCUGGAGGUGGAUCACCAGUCGGAGGAAGAGGACGACGCUGCUUCGGACAAAGAGGACAAAGAUCGCAGGAGGACAUCGAACAGAGGCUCUGGAGGAGACUCGGAGCAGAGGAGAGUCCGGACUAAACUCCGACGUUUCCUCCAGCGGCGUCCGACGCUUCAGAGCGUCAAAGAGAAGGGUUACAUCCGAGACAACGUGUUUGGCUGCCACCUCGACACGCUCUGCCACAGAGAGAACUGCAACAUCCCCAAGUUUGUGGAGAAGUGUAUCAGAGCGGUGGAGAGGAGAGGUCUGGAUGUGGACGGGAUCUACAGAGUGAGCGGAAACCUGGCUGUGAUCCAGAGACUACGACACAAAGCUGACCAUGAGGAGCAGCUGGAUCUGGAGGACGGUCAGUGGGAGGAGGUCCACGUCAUCACCGGAGCUCUGAAACUCUUCCUGAGGGAACUUCCUGAACCCCUGUUUCCCUUCAGCUGCUUCGACAAGUUCAUUGCUGCCAUCCAGGUUCAGGACUACAGUCUGAGGGUCUCCUACAUGAAGGACCUGGUCCGCUCUCUGCCUCUGCCCAACCACGACACCAUGGAGCUGCUGUUCAAACACCUGCUCAGGGUAGUGGAUCAUAAGGAGUCCAACAGGAUGUCCGUGCAGAGCGUCUCCAUCGUGUUCGGCCCGACACUGCUGCGCCCGCAGACCGAGUCCUCCAACAUGACGGUGCACAUGGUGUUUCAGAGCCAGAUCGUGGAGCUCAUGCUCAACGAGUUCCAGACCGUCUUCUCCCAGAGCUAAGACAUGAACGAUCCCAAACAUCUUGGACCUGAUCCCUGCCCCCCACAACCAGGUCCACUACACAAUUGGGCCUUUAACCACCGAGCAGAACCAGAAAGGAACCAGCUGGGACCUGGACAGGGUUCAAACUCUGACAGAGUCUUCAUCCUUCUGGAACCAUUUUACUACAAUUUUAGAACAAAACCUGGAGACAGAAGCUGGACUGGGUUCUGAUCCUCACACUGCAGACAUGUUUCAGUUAGAAUCCUCUAUCACACCUUCUCAGGUUUCUGACACCUUUCACCCCCAGAUUCUGUUCCAACAGCUUUAGAGGACUUCAUGCUCACAUUUUAUAUAUUCAAAUUCAUCUGCUCUUCAGACCCGUCCUCACAGGAUCCAGAUUCAUCUAAAAACCUUUGUGAGGUGUUGAGUACAUCACCUGCCUUAAGUAACCUUGGUCUCUCAUAGGAUUAGGCAGAACCCUGGACCGGUUCUAUAUUUAAAGCCCCUCCUAAGUGCUUGUCCUGAGCCCUGUUCCUAAGGCCUGGUUCUGAGCCCUGGUCCUUAGCCCUGUUCCUGAGGCCUGGUUCUGAGCCCUGGUCCUUAGCCCUGAUCCUAAGCCCUGGUUCUGAGCCUUGGUCCUUAGCGCUGGUUCUGAGCCCUGAUUCUGAGCCCUGGUUCUGGAUCGUUAUAGGGGAUUUGUUAAUGAAACACAUCAGCUGUCCUUGACCUGAUAGAGAAAAGCUGAGACCUCAGAAAGACCUCACACCCUUCGGAGCAGAACCCGAGACUUUUACGGUUCCAAAACAAUCUGAGAAUAGGACCUCGUCCCGGGUUCUACUCCUCUGUCUUUUUUUAUAUUCUUUAACAAGUAACGUCUAACUGAGGAAAGGAAAUUGUUUUUAAAGAGACGUACGGUGCGUUCAGGUGCUCCUCGGAUCAGCCUGCUUCAACAGUUGGGAGUUUUUCAUGUAAGGUGCGUCCAUGGGCAUUACGUUGUGGAAACGACAUUAAGGCGUAUCACUCUGCGUUUCAUCAGAGCAGAAACGCAGAGGAGGGUUAAUGUCGAACACGGUUAGCUUUAUUAACCGACCCGCAGCGACACCACGAACACUUUAAAGAGUCCUCUCCUGCUGAUGUUCAGGUGUAUAUCAGUAUGUAGUGUCUCUACUUUAAAGAGUCCUCUCCUGCUGAUGUUCAGGUGUAUAUCAGUAUGUAGUGUCUCUACUUUAAAGAGUCCUCUCCUGCUGAUGUUCAGGUGUAUAUCAGUAUGUAGUGUCUCUACUUUAAAGAGUCCUCUCCUGCUGAUGUUCAGGUGUAUAUCAGUAUGCAGUGUCUCUACUUUAAAGAGUCCUCUCCUGCUGAUGUUCAGGUGUAUAUCAGUAUGUAGUGUCUCUACUUUAAAGAGUCCUCUCCUGCUGAUGUUCAGGUGUAUAUCAGUAUGUAGUGUCUCUACUUUAAAGAGUCCUCUCCUGCUGAUGUUCAGGUGUAUAUCAGUAUGUAGAGUCUCUACUUUAAAGAGUCCUCUCCUGCUGAUGUUCAGGUGUAUAUCAGUAUGUAGUGUCUCUACUUUAAAGAGUCCUCUCCUGCUGAUGUUCAGGUGUAUAUCAGUAUGUAGUGUCUCUACUUUAAAGAGGGUUUUUAAUUUCUAAAAAUAAAAUGUUGAUUUUUCCAAAAUAUAUCUAUAUAUUAUAUUUGUCCCAGGUGCUGGCCUUUUGAUGCUGUUGAAAUACAAUCUCCCAGGUUUAACAUUUUAAACAUUUUUUUCAUGUUUGCUGGACAAGCCUGGGAUUUUGUCAACACCGUAAGACACAAAGAAACAUAGAAAUAUGUAUUUUGAAUAAACUUAUUGCAGUUA